AUGGAGAAAGACAUUAAGAAACAAGGCAAAAAAGGCAUGUAUGCCCGCGCUGUAAGUGAGUUUCCAGAUAUAUUCAUCUCGGCCACAUACAACGCGAAUAUAAGCAAGGCUAUGUCGUGGUGGAAAAAUAGAGAGCGGCUUACCGAUGUACAGCGUGGGUCUGUGACUGUAUCGGGUCGUCGCAAGACUGGGCGAAAGCGUUUUGAUCGACUUCGCAAACUGGGUCUCAAAUUUGAUUCCUCGCUGCUUCGACAGUUGGCGCUCCGUGUUUUGAAAAACCCCGAAGUCCCCAAAACCGAUGACAAUGGGGCCUUGUUUGAAAGCAAAAUCAAUACGCGGUGGAUACAAAAUUUCAUGGAGAAUCACAACAUAGUUCUUCGGGUUCAGACAGGAAAGCGCCAGCUUAGCCCGAAAAAAACUGCAGAGAUCGAAAAAAGCGUGGCCAAGCAUCUUGGCGAGCUGAAGAAGGGCUUUAGCGACGGAACUUUGGACGAGAACUGGGUCGAGAACGUCGACGAGACACACUUCGUGAUUGAUUUCGACAAUGGAAAAACUUUAGGAUUCGGCGGAGAGGCACAGGUCAAGUGUGCUGAUGUCGUUAGCGGCGGCGAAGGUAUGACAAUGGUCGUCAGGAUCUCCGGUGGUCCCAGUGCGCAUAUCCACCCUCCCAUGAUGAUCUUCACAAAUGCAGAUCGCAGUUAUCCGGUUCGAGGUGUCGCUGAUACCGUACCGGGCGUUUGUUACCGAACUGGACCAAAGGGCUGGAUGGAUCGACGCACGUUCCGCGAAUACCUAAAAGAGCGCCGUGCCCAGCAACCCGAUCGCCUUGGCAGGAAGAAAACCAUUUUUCUGGAUAACUGCUCAGGACAUCUCAGCGAAGAUGAAUGUGAAGAGGAGCUCCAGGCCCUUAAUGCCAGCUUCAAGUACCUCCCUCCGAAUGCAACUGAUCUUUGCCAGCCUGCCGACUCUUUCGUGAUUGCGAAAAUCAAAGAUGUGUGGCGCAGUUUGUGGAACGCCAAAAAAAUCGAUUUGAUUCUAUCCGAGCAAUGGCAAAAUGAACCCCGUGGAAAAAAAAGCUGGGUCGGGUAA